UCAAUAAUUCAGUAUUCACGGGUCAUCUAUUUCGGCCCAUGGGCCCGGAGAGGAAGAGCGUUGCAGCUGCAUCAACCUUCUAAGUUCUCACUUCUCACCACCCACUCCCUCGAAGCCCCAUGAUGAAGAUGAUGCAUUUGCAGCUCCAUCAGCACUACUCCCCGCCAUUUCCAAACCCUCGUUUAUCCCGAAUUCUGGUCCCCGUUUACUCUCACACCUCCUUCCCCACCCAUUUACACAUUGCUCCUCGAAGCCUUCACUCUUCUCGGAGACUAGUGGAAUCCGUAUUCCUUCCUUCCCCUGCCCCGCUUUCUCGGUUCAUCUGCAGGUCCAAUGGCCGCUCAGAUAUACCUGGGAGUCUUGAAAUUGGGAAGCGGGGAGGUGGAAGGAAGCCUGAGAGGCAAGUGAAUGGGGUGUUCUGGGUUAUUCUCGUGAACCUUGGUGUGUUCUUGGCUGAUCACUUCUUCCAGGUCCGCGCCAUAAAAUCUCUCUACUUGUAUCACAAUUGGCCUGCCUGGUACCAGUUUGUCACAGCAACGUUUUGCCAUGCCAGUUGGUGAGCUAAAUUGAGCUGCCAAAGUUCCCUCACACUUCUAUGUACUUCAUAUUCUUAUUGGGGUUUUCAUGUGUCAGGGAGCAUCUCUCGAGCAACCUUUUCUUCUUGUACAUCUUCGGAAAGCUUGUUGAAGAAGAGGAAGGAACUUUUGCUCUGUGGUUUUCCUACAUUCUUACUGGUGUUGGGGCGAAUCUCGUUUCGUGGCUAGUUCUACCCAGGAAUGCCGUUUCGGUUGGAGCCUCAGGUGCUGUUUUCGGAUUGUUCGCCAUUAGUGUACUUGUCAAGUUGACUUGGGACUGGAGAAAGAUCCUUGAGGUGCUGAUAUUGGGGCAAUUUGUUGUAGAGAAGGUAAUGGAGGCAGCACAAUCUUCAGCAGCAUUAUCAGGGAGCUUAAGAGGAGGUAACCCGGGCCAGAGUGUGAACCAUAUUGCACAUCUCUCUGGUGCUCUGAUCGGCGUUCUUCUAGUUUGGCUCGUCAGUAGAAUCCCUGCUCCUAAUGACGACGAUGAAGUAUCGUCUUUGACUGGGAAAUCAAGGAAAAAGUGAAAGCACAGAGCCACCAAGCACGGUGUGUACUGAUCAAGUUUGCAUAUUGAUGUGUCAUUGAAGCCACGAUUAUGUUUGUAUGAUUCUACACGGAUGCAAUACAAGAACUUUGUUAUAGUUAGAUGAAUAUUUGGAAUUUGUACACUUGUGUUUGGACUGACAAAACAGCCUGAAGCGUUCAUCGUGGUUUCCCCAUGGCAAAAUAAAGCAGAACAAAAGACGAAUUUAUUA